AUGGUUGCAGCGAAAGAUAUAGUAAUUUUCAUGAAGGGAGUGCCUACGGCGCCUCAGUGUGGUUUCAGUAAUGCUGUCGUACAGAUUUUAAAGAUGCACGGAGUUGAGGAUUACAAUGCGCAUAAUGUUCUGGAAGAAAAUGAAAUCAGAGAAGGUGUGAAAUCUUUUUCAAACUGGCCAACCAUCCCACAAGUCUACUUUAAAGGAGAGUUUAUUGGAGGAUGUGACGUUCUUCUUCAGAUGCAUCAAUCGGGCGAUAUUGUGGAGGAACUUCAAAAACUGGGCAUCAAAUCUAAACUUUUAACGCAAGCAGAAAAUGAAGCGAAGAAAGACUGA